GCAGGCACAAGAACGCAGGAAGAUGAGUACUGCUACCCGGAUCUCAGCACAUUUGACGCGACGCUCAUUUCCAUGCCAGCGCUGGUUCUGGACAGUUUGUUAGUCAGCGUGAAACUAAACAGCAGGAACAAGAAACAGACGAAUUCUGGGAUGGGUACUAGCAAUAGGAAUGGGUCAUCGCAUCUGAGUAUCCCCGGCAAUAGUGGCGCGCAAUCUGCGCGAAAGCAGGACCAACGAGGCGGCCACGCAGUCGGCAAGCAGCACUCUUCGGGAGGGAGCAAGUCCGCUCUCGGAGUCACAAUCACCACGCCAGCGGGGGCGACGACAAGUCGGCAGAACUACUACGCAGGAGGCGCGAGUAAUCAUAGCGGUCAAAACGCGACGAGUUCUUCCCAGCAACCAAAUAGGACCUUUUGGUGUGGCAAUGACACCUGUCUUGUGGUGCAGCAAGUGCUGCCGGUGUUUCGCAGACUCUGUAUGCGAUUGUACGAGGGGCCAGCUCCAGCAGUGCAACAGCAACAAAGCUCUUCUUCUUACCACUCACAAUCACACCAACUCCCUUCGUUGUUUUCCGCAACGGUCGAGGAUUACGUCGCUGACCUUUUCCCAGAGUACGAAAAAAAGCACCUUCCACGUAUUGUGCAACCACUGGAAUUGCUGGAGCGCGCGGCAGCCCUGCUUCUUUUUCGGCAGAGGGAGCUCGUGUUCUGCGAAAAAGUUUUCUACCUGUUCGGAGUGCGGAAAGAACAGGCACGAACAUCGUUUUCAUCAUCAGCGCUUUCACCACUUACAGCUGCAGUAAAUUCAGAGAUGAAGACAACGGAAGUAGUUGUCGGGGACUUUCGUACAGGAGGCGAUGUUGAGAACAAGUUUGGUGCGAAGAACGGUCAUGACCUUACGCCUGCUUCCCCGGUAGGCGGGGCCGCUGCAGCCUGCUUGUCAGUGGACGAGGACGAUUUUUUGGAAGACGAAACUGACCAGGACUUGUCCAAAAAAACCAUCCGGACUGCGCAGGUCCGAUCCGCGCUGCUCCUCCUCCUACGCGAGCUUCUCGGUACGCUGCAAGAUGUCCACGUGCGGGAGCGCGGGUUUUUGGAGCGAGUGUUUGAUCUUUGGCAGGUCAUUAUUCUGGAGGAGGAAAAGGAGAAAGCUGAGCGCAGUUGUACUAGUGGUCCAAGACACAACAUGAACCACAGAAACAAGAAGCAGCAAUUCAAUUUCAACAACAACAACGGCGAGAUUGUAGUAAACAAAGACAGCGCGCUGACCAGUCCGACCUCGCCGAAAAGCGUGGACAGCUCGGGCCCUGGCACACGACCCCGAGACUCUCAAGAAGAUGAUUCUGAACCGGGAAGUGAAAAUGAAGAUGGAACAAACUUGAAGAAAGCCGUUGGGUCUUUUGCCGAAAACAAAAAGAUUUUUGAAAGCAAAGGCGGUGACGAACAAGUAGCAGAUGAAGUGGAUGUUGACAUGAUAGACACGAAGGCCGCAGCAGCAGAUUCUGUUGUUUUAGGCGGAACGACUAACGACGCAGGAGGUGAUAUUCGCACUGCAGGAAAUAAUGGCCGCGUCGACGAGGACGAUAAAAAUUUGCAUCCAGCAGAUCAACUCCCCACGUUGCUCUCGACCGCAGCGCACGACGUGGCCACCGCGGCCAAGGUGGUCGGUAUUUUCCAGAAAAACGAGGAGGAGUGGAAGGACAGACGGCGGCAGAGUGUGGAAGAGCAGAAGAGCCGGCUGAUUGCUUUGGCCACCCCGCGAACGUUGAAAGUGGUGGAGGAAUGGACCUUUGAGGGGUGUGUAAAGCUUGUGCGGGUGUUGAUCCAGGCGGUCGUCUGGUAUCAGACGGUCGCUUCGACGACGCAGCAACCGGGUGCGAACUUUUCGAAUGUUGGGACAGGAUCAGCAACAAACGGACCUGCAGUAGAGCAGGACACGACAUCGAUCAAGCGCUCCAUCUACCGGUCGUUUGCGGAAGCAGUGCUGAAGGACGCGGCGCAGUUUCUCGGGCGCUGGAAAAAGUUGCAUGCAGCUUCCAAUAGCGGAGGGGGCGGGGCGGGGACGAAUUUGUAGGGUUUUGCAUCUGCAACAAAAAUCCCGAUUAACUCGAAACUGACGAUAUUCUACUGGGCCAAAAAAUUAGAGCGAUUCAAAUAGAAAUACCGAAAAUCAAUAGAAAGGCCAGAAUGCCACCAGUGCAAAACUGGAAAAAAAUUUGGCGAGGAUUUUUGAUCAUCCUACAACCCGAUGAACUACA